AUGUUCGAGGCUAUCAAGAACCUUUUCUCUAGCCGUGAGGCUACCGAGGAGAACAAGUGGGAUGCUACCACCGUGCAAAUGCAGCAGCCUAACAGCCCCACUGGCAUGAACGAGACUGUCACCCAGCAGCCUACCCCCGAGACCAUGGAUAUGCACAUUCGUGGUGGUGGUGAUGGAGAUGUCUGUUGCGGAAUCUGCGCUGGUCUCUGCUGCUUCGAGUGCUGCGAGUGCUGUUGCUAA